AUGCCGCUGUUUCCUUCCUCUGCAAUUGGACGUGCCCUCAUGCUUCUCAGUGCCACCCUUUUUGGCACCGCGGCGGGCGUAGCAAAGGAGCGUGCCAGUGGCAAGCGGCUACAGCACGAGCAGGAGUUUGUCCCCAUGCGUGAUGCGGAGCAGAUGGAUGCCGCAAGGAUGGUGCUCUCGCCAUUCAUGCAACAAACAGUAAGUAAGGGCCUUCCCUCGGACGAGCGGUUGCGAUUUUUCGAUGGCUUUGUGGCGAGCCUCAACUACGAACGGCGGAUUCCGAAUUGGGUCUUGGAGUACUUUCCGAGCCCCGCUGUGGCGGAGGCGACGGCUGCGUUGCGAGGAGAAGAAAAAGAGGAAGCAGGAGAGAAUGAAGAGGAAGGCCCCAACGGGGCACGAAGGGGAGGAAUAAGGUUUUUUGCAGACACAACCGUCCCAGAGGCGUUUCGUGUGACACCCGACGACUACACCGGAGGGAGAGAACAAAAGCGUCUGCAGCAUACGCGAGGACUAAGUCGUGGCCACCUCGCCGCGGCGCAGUUCCACAAGCACUCCACGAAGGAGAUGGCGGAGACGUUUAAUAUGAAUGCAAACGUUGUACCGCAGGAUAUGACGAUGAACGCCUUGGACUGGUUACGCCUAGAGAAUCUAAUGAAAAAGUUGCUUUUGAGGUAUGAGGGUGGGAUUUGGGUGGUGACCGGCCCGGUGUUCUCUCCGCGUUACGUGUAUGGCGAUCCGCGCUCCUGGGGUUGGACGGAGUCGCGGUCAACCUCCGCCGUGACGCCAGCAACCACCGUGAGCGGUGUCAAUGGAGACAUGAAAAAGGCGCGCAAAGUGGUUUGCUAUGAACUCGUGGGAAAGCACGACGUGGCUGUGCCAACGCAUCUGUUUAAAGUGGUACUUGGGGAGCGGGGCGAUGGAAGCCACGAGGUCGCUGCAUUUUUGAUACCAAACGAGCCCAUCGUGAGCGAGCGGCCGCUUGUCGCGUACCAAGUGCCCGUGACCGAGCUGGAGAAGAGGACGGGACUGCAGUUCUUUCAAAAAGUGGUCCCGGCAAACGAUACGGCUUCUACAUCGUGGAGAGGCCGCAAGGCGCAGAGACAGGGCUUGGACGCACUGCCAAACAUUUGCAGACGCAUGUCGUGCGAAGCGCGCACGGUGGCGCUGUUUCAAACGCAAAGGAGCAUCGCACAACUGCGGGCGGCACAGUCGCUGCCGGAAUUGCAGCAGGUCUUUACCCGACUGCUGGAGGAGCGUCGGCAACAGCGCCCUGGUGAAAAACGCAACCAUCUGGAUACUGCCGUGAUGAGGGAGUACGAGGAUCGUAGAAAGGAACUGGCGGAGGAAGCUCUCAGUGAGGGGAAAUAA